CUUAUUAAUAAAUACAUCUAAACACAUAUUUUAAGACAAAUCCAAUCCUUUGGGAGAACACCCGACUGCUGAUGUCAGUUACCUACUAUUAUCGGCAACUCAGCUACCCUCUUCAGCAGGUCGCCAUUAACGCCAUCGUCUCGUUUAUACUAACCACGAUUUUCUAAACAUAUAUAGCGCCGGCGUCUAAACCGGGCAAACGAGAGCAUUAAUUAAUACGGUCUUUCAGCCGGAUUAUCUCGUUAGAAUGAUCGGGUGGGUGCAUAGGAAUAUACUAACCAUACGUACGGAAGGUAUUUCAAUGACCCCCAAAUGUAAUGAUUGCCUAUUAUUAAUCAUCCCGAGAUUUUUGUGACUCACGGCGAAAGCUCCGGUCGUCAUCGGAGAGAAGCUGACGGCGGUUUAAUUGUAAAUUAUAUGUAGGAACCUAUGUAAGAACCAUACUUCAUUCUGUGAGUUGCAAGUUGUAAUCUAUUUUUAUAAGAAAAUUCAAAAUCAAAUUAAAUCAAAAUGAAGUCUGCCAACUUCGCCAAGACAGCUUUAAUUAUCAUUGACGUUCAAAAUGGAUUCCGACACCCAACACAUUGGGGCGCUAGCCGCAGUACACCUGAAUUCGAGGAGAACGUCGCGCUUCUGCUGAACGCGGCACGGGAAUAUAAUAAGAGGCUAGGUGAAGACGCGGUAGACAUUUAUCACGUCCACCAUCAUAGCAUCUAUCCAGACUCGAUGCUCUAUCCUGGUACUCAGGUUGAGAUAGAUGGCAAACUAGUCGAAGCGGUACAGCCGCAGUUGUUUGCACAGCCAGAACCGCAGGAACCCGUCUUUAUCAAGAAUGUCAACUCAUCCUUCAUUGGCACCAAGCUAGAAGCCCAUCUCAAAGCCCAGGGAGUUAGACAACUCGUCAUAAUGGGCCUUACAACAGACCACUGUGUUAGCACGACUACAAGGAUGGCUAACAAUCUAAGGGUUGUAUCCGUAACAAGUCCAACCGGUGAACUCGAUGAAGGCGAUAUCGUUCUCGUCGGCGAUGCAUGCGCCACGUUUUCAAAGGGUGGAAUCGAUGCCGAAACGGUGCAUAAAGUGAAUCUUGCUUCUUUAAACGAUGAGUUUGCUCAAGUUUCAACCACGCAAGACGUCCUGCAUAACGUAUUUGGAAACUAAAUUGCUAUCUAAAAUUUGUUUUCUCAUCUACUAGCCGCUGGGGGGUAUCUAGAUAUAUGCGUUCUCGAAAAGAAGCCCAAUCAAUAAUCAAUCCAUCAUGUAACCCAUUGAUCCUGCGCAGUCUAACAUCACACCAAGUUGUGGUGUGGUCAGGU